AUGAAUGUCAAUCAUAUCACAAGACUAAUUCAACCGGCUGUCAAAUCAGCAGCAUUAUGGAAAUCGAGACAAGCUAUGAUGACAAAAGCCCUUAAAAUAUCAUCAGUUGGAGUUGCACCAUCUGUCUACAUGUAUCAACGACAGCAACGAAAGAGAGGAUUUCAUACUUCUUCCAUAAAUCAGCAACGAAGCCAGGAUCCAUAUAAGGUCCUAGGUGUUUCCAAAUCAUCAUCUCAAAGCGAUAUUAAAAAAGCUUAUUACAAGCUAGCAAAGCAAUAUCAUCCUGAUACAAACAAAGAUAAAGAUGCCCGAGAGAAAUUUGUACAGAUUCAGGAGGCAUACGAGAUUUUGUCAGAUGAGCAAAAGAGAAAUCAAUACGAUCAAUAUGGACAUGGAUUUGAUGAUGCUGGAAUGGGAGGAUCAGGCGGUCCAGGAGGUUUUUAUGGUGCAGGUGGUGCUGGAUCAGCCUCAGGCGGAUUUCCCGGAGGAUUUGACCCAAAUGAUAUAUUCUCUCAGUUCUUUGGAGGCGGAUUCUCUGGAGGUUUUGGUAGUGGUGCUGCUGGUGGCGCAGAUUCAUUCCGCACCAUGAGUGGCGAGGAUAUUCAGGUACCACUUACCAUAGGCUUCAUGGAUGCUGUCAAGGGUGCAAAAAAGUAUGUCACCAUCAAUCCAGUUACCACUUGUCAUACAUGUCAAGGAUCAGGAAUCAAAUCAGGUAAAAAGAAGACUCAGUGUGGAGUUUGUCAUGGAUCUGGUGUUCAGACAGUGCAAAUGGGCGGAUUCAAUAUGCAAGCAACUUGUCAAGCUUGCGGUGGUGCUGGCUCAUCUAUCCCUCAUGACGCAAAAUGUAGUACCUGUGAUAGUGUGGGCAAAGUGCGAGAGAGAAAGCAAGUGGAGGUUACUAUUCCAGCUGGGGUAGAUAAUAAUUCAAGAAUUCGAGUGCCCGGUGCUGGCGAUGCACCUAUCAAGGGACAAGGUCCAAAUGGCGAUUUGUUUGUUUCAUUAAAUAUUCAACCGUCCAAAGUAUUCCGUAGACAAGAUGCCGACAUUUUCUAUGAUGCUAAGGUACCGUUCCAUAAAGCCUUACUGGGAGGCAGAAUACGAAUCCCUACAAUCGACGGCGAGGUAGACUUGAAGCUACCUUCUGGAUCACAGCCUGACGACCAUAUUGCUCUGCGAGGACGAGGCAUUCAGCGUUUGAGAGGUUCUUCUAGAGGUGAUCAAAUUGUUCAGUUGAAGAUUGAGCUGCCGAGAACUCUUCGCGGAAAACAACGGGAUAUCAUUGAAAAAUACGCCUCAUUAGUGGAUAAAGAGUACGAAAAGCCAUCGUUAAACAAAGACGACAAAUAA